CGAGCAGUAUGAACCGGUUCGCUUUUAUCGGCAUUUCGGAUUACCAAGCGCGCAACAAACCUAAAAAAAUCCGUAUGGUCCUACGUUUAAGGGCGACCGCGAAACGCCGAUAAAUUUUUUCAAUCACACUUAACACUUAGUAGUAUAAUAUAGUAUAAUAUAAUAUAAAUACAUAUUUAUAUAAAAUAUUAUAGUCCUAGCGUUUUGGGUUUUCGAGUGGUUUUAUGAAAUAAAAAAUUUAAUUUUAAUUUUAAACGAGUGUAAUUUUCAUCGAAACAAACAUGUCGUCGACCAACAACGAUUCGGACGACGAAGACGCCAGGGUACAUUCGUCGGGCAUGUCUUCUCCCGGCCAGGUCAGACGUUAUGAACUUUCAAAAUCCGAACUGCGAAAGAACAACAAACCUAUUAUGGAGAAAAAAAGACGAGCUAGAAUUAACCAAUGUCUGAACGAGCUGAAGACGUUGAUACUGGAUGCGUUGAAAAAAGACCCUGCAAGACACACAAAAUUGGAGAAAGCCGAUAUUUUAGAAAUGACCGUGCGGCAUCUGCAGUCGCUGCAUAGCAGUCGACAGACACCGGUCGUAGCGACACCAGCAGUCAACGCACCCCAACCCGUCGAUCCUUCGUCAAUUGUCGUGCAAAAGUUCCAAACGGGUUAUCAAGAGUGUGCGGGCGAAGUGAACCGUUUCGUUGGCCGGUUAGACGGCAUAAACGACGACAUCAAAAAACGACUGAUGGCUCAUCUGGACUCGUGCGUGGCCAAAAUGCGUUACGCAGUACCCGCGACGGCGUCUCUGUACCACCAACACCACCACAAUCCACGUCUGGACGCAAUCACCGCCGCGGCUUUGGCGCCCAACUGUAGUAGUCGGCUGUUGCCCACGGGCGAACUGGCCCUCAUCUUACCCACGACGGCCGCGGCUGCAUGUCGGAACAGUGCGUUCACUAGUGUCCGCCAGGACGACAUAACGCCGUACGUGUACACGGACGAACCGGUAUCGUCGACAAGCACGUCGGCUGAGGAUACGCACGGCGGCCGAAACCCGCUGGACUUCUCGUUGAAGAAAACGGCGCCGGCGGCCACCGCUAAGAGGCCGCUGGGCGACAUACCGGUGAACGUUCCCAGUGACCCUUCGUCGUCGUCGCAAGGCGGCAAAGCGGACAAGAAUAAUAUGACUGAAGGCCAAAGGCCUGUAGCGGACAGACCGAACGUCGUGAUGAGGAUCGACAGCCCAAGAGACCCGAACAUGUGGAGGCCGUGGUGAUGAUCGCAUCCGCCCACAUAACGACGCUCCAUUUUCGCUACAACUGUGUUACUAAAUUUUAAAGCUAUCGUUUUAUAGCUGUUUGUAAUCGAAUACGUAUGUAUUCGGUCGGUUACCAAAAAUAUAAUUUUAUUUAUAACAAUAACUACCUUGGAAAAUACUUUAUAACUUUUUACU